GGACUGUGGCUGCUGCUCGGAGGAGGGGGAGACCAAGCUUCAGGCCAGGUUUGGUGGGUGGCCAGACCUGAAGAUAAGGCUGGACAUCUGGCAUUUUAUGCAGCGGCUGGCCGUGGGAUGCACCACCGAUGCCCAUGCCCUGUACCCCCUCUUUAUGAGCCGCCUGUCUGUGUGCCUCUUUGAGUGGGAUGCAGCGGACGUAGCCCUACUGCGCAGGGUGAAGAGGGAGCAGCUCAGAAGGGAGGGUGUGCCCCUCAUCACCAACGACAUGGUGGACAAGGCCAUCACCAAGGCUGAGCUGUCCCAGUUCUGCAGGCGGAGGACACGUGGAGUGGAAGCCACGGUCCUCCGCAUUGAGCAGCUGCUGCAGGAGCUGAUGGGGGAGAAGGGGAGAGACCUGCUGGGGGUUCCGCUGCUGGACCAGGCAAAGAUGGAGCACAUCUGGCGCACCCAGAAGAGGCACGUGAAGUGCAUCCAGGAUGUGCCAGGUGUACUCCUGUACACGGAGACAGGCAGUUCCACCAGGGAGGGGAUCCAGCUGACUACAUACAGGUGUGCAAGAGGCUCCACCUCCUUGGAGUCCUUCCACUGCCACCUGAACAGGUUUAUUCCAGGAACGAGUGCAAACCUGCUCAACUUCCAGCUGUACCUCCUGGAAGGCCUGAACAGGUGGAACCAAAACCGGGCAGCGGCCUCCAUCACCACCAAGCGCAUGGCGCUGUUGACGUACUCGGGGGACGUGCUGGAGUCCGUCAACAGCAACAGCCUGAAGGUUUUUGGAAGGAAGUAUGUCCCCUCCUUCAUCCCGCCUAGAAAGUACACCGGAGAGUUGCUUGGGGUGAACUACCUGCUUAGGCAGACAGGGCAGCCCUUGCAGGACAUGGACCCCGACUCUGAGGAGACAGACCAGCUGCUGGAGGACCACGCCACAGAGGAGGAACAGGCGGAUAAAGGACUUCCCCUCUUCCGCCCUGCCUUCUACCACCCUGCCUGUGGUCCCCACCCUGCCACUCACCUCCUCCACCCUGCCUUCUAA